AUGCCCAAGGCAAACACUUCCCGUGCCGCUGCGGCCCGCCGCCAUAACCCUCUGGCCGAUGAUAUUUCGGCCGCGGGGCACUUGCGCACCCAGUCCAGCAAGAAGAGCAAGCGCCAAUCCCAAGAUGAGGAAGGACAGGAUGGACAGCGUUUUAUUGAUGCAAAGAUGUCCCGCAAGAUUUUGCAGAUUGGACAAGAGUUGGCCGAUGAGGAUGCCGCCGAACACAAACUCGCUAUGGGCGCUAUGGAGCCGAAAUCCAACGCCGCCUUUGAAUUCGACACUCGGUUUGAGGAGGAAGCAUUGUCCGACGACGACGAGAACUUCCAGAAUGACGAAUGGGUGGAUGAUGAGGUUGAGGAUGUGGAGGUUAACCCGCAGGAUCUUGAAAUGUUCAACAGCUUCAUGCCCGGUCACGAAGAUGAUCCUAUUUUCAACCCUCGUGAGCCCGGCUCCUCAGGCCAAACGACAAACCUUGCCGAUUUGAUCUUGGAGAAGAUUGCCGAACAUGAGGCCAGGCAAGCGGGAGAGACUGUUGGUGGCCCGCACAUUCAGGGUGGUGGUGCAGCUGAGGACGCUGUCCAGAUUCCAGCAAAGGCUAUUGAAGUCUUCGAGAAGGUUGGUACGAUCCUCUCGCGCUACAAAUCUGGCCCGCUGCCGAAACCGUUCAAAAUUCUUCCCUCCGUGCCUAACUGGCCGACCUUGCUCGAUAUCACUCAACCCGAGAGGUGGACUGCCAACGCUGUGUUUGCAGGCACUCGUAUUUUCAUCUCCUCUAAGCCUCACGUGGCCCAAGAGUUCAUCAACACUGUGCUACUAGACCGUGUCCGUGAGGAAAUCCACGAGACCAAGAAACUUAAUGUCCACACCUACAAUGCCAUGCGCAAGGCUCUCUACAAGCCCGCAUGCUUUUUCAAGGGACUGCUCUUCCCACUCGUCGCCAGUGGCACAUGUACUUUGCGCGAGGCCCACAUUGUCUCUUCAGUGAUUUCCCGUGUGUCCAUCCCGGUGCUGCAUUCCGCUGCUGCUCUCCUCCGCAUGUGUGAUCUGGCUGCGGAACAAUCCCUCCACUCUUUGGAAAGCACUGGCUCUGUGAACACCUUCAUCCGGGUCUUUUUGGAGAAGAAAUACGCUCUGCCUUACAAGGUGAUUGAUGCUCUUGUCUUCCACUUUAUGCGAUUCCGUGCGGCUGAGGGCUCUGCGGAGGCUUUGAUGGAAAGUGGCUCUAAGGGCUACAAGCUUCCGGUGUUGUGGCACCAGUCUCUGUUGGUGUUUGCCCAGCGUUACCGCAAUGAUAUCACUGAGGACCAACGUGAGGCUCUGUUGGAUCUCUUGUUAGUUCGUGGACACAAGGAUAUUGGACCAGAGGUUCGACGAGAAUUGCUAGCUGGCCGUGGUCGUGGAGUGGUUGUUCCGGAUCCCGAGAGACAGAAUGCUCUUGAUGCCGGAGAUGAUACAAUGGAUGUGACCAUGUAG